AUGAACUCAUCGGUGUUUCUCAUCCGCUGGCCGUUGAGGCUCGAGCGGCUAUGCUCUUCUACUGGACUGGCCAACAAAAGCUGCUGGCAGAGGGAUUUAGGUAGAAUAUCGUGUAUUGGUUAUGCAGCGGCCGUAAGUGGCCGCCAUUAUGCCUCCCUGCCUAAUUCAUGCAAGUACACUGGCAGUGGACUUGGAACUCGAAGACACAUAUCCAGCGAGACUGCAGCCAGGAGCAGCGAUGCGGGUGAUUCUGCAGCGGAUAACACGCUGUAUGCGACGCCAGGAAGCGCGACCGUAUUCUCGGAUAUAAGUCGCAUGGAUUCCCUAUCCCCGAGGCAGCUCCGCGUGCUGCUGGAAGACGCAGUAACGGCACGCGUGAGCGACACAAACUUCUGGGCAAAGGCAUCGUCAUGCGCCAUGUCCAUAGCGCCGCAGUUUAAGUUCUUCGACACCAUCCGAGUCCUGGAGUGUUUUGCCGCGGUACGGCUCGACGACCGCAUUCUGGUGCAGGAGAUGGUGCGUAAUCUGACCCCUCAGGUCCAUCGCAUGGAACCGCGGCACUAUAUCCAGACAAUAGACGUCUUCGGUCGCUUUGGAAGGUUCCCAGAACAGUUGUUCAUGGAGGUUUAUUACGGUUUGAUGCGCGACGCUGAGAAGCUUUAUGGGUCGGAGUACGCCGAGCUUUUUCUCUGCUUAAGUCGCUGGGAAAUCCGCAAUCCACAGUUGCUGGCUGCACUCUGCCGCGCGUUAUGUACCAACAUAAGUCUACUACGGUAUCACGAGCUAUGUCAAGUUGCAAGCUGCGCACGGACCUUGGAGGUGGCAGACACCGCCUUCUUUAUGGUCCUAGAUGAGUGGCAGCGCAAGGAGUUGCAAAUGCUCACCCUUCAGGAACUUCUGGAUGCUGCCAAACGGCUGCGCACGCAAGAGAUAAAGUGGGAACCCUACGAUGAAGCUCUAAGAAAGGAGUUCGUGCGCCAAACAAAGGAAGUCAAGGAUGCCGCCUGUAUCGACCAGUUAGCCGAUCCAUUCGACUGCUUGAACUUUCUACGACUGAUGGACAGCGUUUCCAAAGAAUUUUUGCUCGCACUGACAAAAUGGUGUGAGGACGCUGCACAUAGGCCGCCGACACGCUCACAAAAGCGACCGGAGAGUCACGAUUUGGUGCAUCUUUACAACCUCGUUCGGUUAGUUUACGCUGAUGGCGGCGUCAACCGGUACAGCGAGUACAACGUGGAUUCGACCUACUUAGACAAGGCGAUCCUAAAGUUCGUGACGUCUAAAGGGGGCCUGCAGCUACGCACGCCAAAACCUAUCGCAACGCAGUACAAACCGAAUCGCAAAUACGUCUAUUUAGACGAUCCCGCGAACCCUGGAAAACGUCGUCCUCCACUGCAACUUGCGGAAGGCGACGUCGAAAGUGUGGAAGCUGAUGAGGCCCAGAAGGCGCUGCAAUUGAGGGCGGAAUCCGAACACAUCAGCGAGAUUCUGGACGAUUUGGUGUGUUUGUAUAAGACAAUUCCGCAUACGUAUCAGGAACCUCUGCCGCGCGGCAUCGACUUCAAGAAGCCUAAGAAGGUUUCAACGCAAAGCUGCGGCAAGGCAUCCUUCCGGCUGAAGCCGAAAACCUUCCGCCAUAAGAACGUCCCUGCAACGCAGACACUUUAA